GAGCUUGCACCCGGCAAAUGCCUCCCACGUCUCUCUCUCUCUCUCAAUAUGCUAAUUCUCUCCUGUUCUCAUCAUCUAUAUUGAUUGAUUGAUAUCUGCAAUAAUUUCUUUGACAUUUUCUUUAUGAAUUCCAGAUCGAAUACCAUCAACUACAGGAGCUUUAAACGUGCGAGGUGGGAUAUAUAUAUGGUGAGAAAGAUGAAUAAUAUAUAGGUAGGAAAGCUUGAAUGAUAGAUAUUGGGUUUGCUAGCUGGGUUCUCAAAAUUCGAAAAAUCUACCAAAAAAAGAAGCUUCGAUCACAUAGCGAUAUGAGGAGGAAAGACUACUCAACAAUGGCGAUCGCAUGCAUCGCAAUAUUCCUACUAGUUUUCUUGGUAUUCCAGUUUCAUUUAUCAUCGAUAUCAAGAAUAAAUGCGACUUAUUCAACCAUUAAUAGUCAAGCUGCAGAUAGAAAACGCUUGGUACCAAAAUCAGUUCACAAUAUGAAAAUACUCACUCCUCCACCUCAGCAAUCAACUCGAGCAGAAGAAAUCAGCUGCGACCGAGCCCACUAUACCUACGACAUUUGUUCAAUCAACGGCCCAACAGUCCUGGACCCCAUUGCCUCCACAUUAUUUCUGAAGGACCCCACUAGCUCGACCUUACAAAAGCCCAGGGUAGAAACAGUCCGACCAUACACUCGCAAGUCGGAGAAUUUCACAAUGUCUAGAAUCAAAGAGGUCACCCUCGUGGCAGGCCCACGAAGCCCAAAAUGCAACAUUCAACACAAGGCCCCGGCCCUGGUAUUUAGUGCUGGAGGGUACACAGGGAACUUCUUCCAUGAGUUCAACGAUGGGUUCAUCCCCCUUUACAUCACCGUUAAUUCAAUCUUCCCUAAUCAAGACGUCGUGCUUGUGAUAUCAAAGGCUCGUGAUUGGUGGAUCAACAAGUACAAAGAAUUGUUACAGACUUUCAGCAAGUACCCUAUUAUAAACCUCGACAAUGAUACCACCACCCAUUGCUUUCCUUUUGCAAGUGUGGGUAUGAUAUCGCAUGGUUUUAUGACCAUAGACCCAGCAUUUAUACAAAACUCAAAAAAAUUCACCAAUUUCCGUGCCUUCCUUGGUAAAGCCUACGACCAGAAUCAUAAGGUUCAAAACCUUCCAAAAUCUCGACCACUUCUUGUGUUAGUAGGUCGUAGCGGCGGCGUUGGUCGCUUGCUCUUGAACCAAAAUGAAGUGAGACUUGAAGCAGAAAAUGUUGGUUUUGAUGUGACUCUUUUCGAGCCAACACCUAGAAACCCUUUGAAAGAAGCCUAUGCGUUAAUAAAUUCAAGCCAUGCAAUGGUCGGGAUACACGGUGCAGCGCUUACACAUUCGUUAUUUCUUCGGCCUGGCUCGGUAUUUGUGCAGGUGGUGCCGCUUGGGGCGGAGUGGGUGGCGAAGGUCUGCUUUGAAAGGUCGGCAAGAGCUAUGGGGUUAGAGUACAUGGAGUAUAGGAUAAAGGCGGAGGAAAGUAGCUUGAUCGACAAAUAUAGCGAGGAUGACAUGAUUGUGAAAGACCCCGUUGCUUUUCGAGGAAAGAACUGGUCCCAUAAGGCUAUGACCAUAUACUUGAAGGAACAAAAUGUAAAGCUGGACAUGGUAAGAUUUAGGGAGUACUUGAAGGAAGCGUACACGAAGGCCAAGAAACUCAUGGAUAGGGAGGGAUAGUAACGAGGGUCUUGAGAUUUUUUUUUUCUUUUUCACAUUUAUUUGUAGAAUUCAUAAGAAAAAUUAGAAUUUGAUGAUUUGAGUA